AUAACAGAGUAGACAGAUGUGAUGUCGUGGCAAGCGUUAAAGCAUGUUGUGUCGCUAUCGUGGUGAAACGCAAACUGAAAAAUCCUUUCCCUUGCGAACCCCUGUUUUCUGUUUUCUCCGGAACAAAGAUUAUUUCGUUAUUCUUAAAGGAUGGCGCAACCUCUUAGAACAACUUAUGAUAUUGUCCUUCCUCGUCUUUUCAAGGAACACCUUGAAAGCUCUGUCGAAAAUCGCGAGGCAGGCAGUGUUCCAUUGCGGAAAACUAUGUCUAGCGACGAACAUUUUCUAGAACAGGAAGAACAGAUCUCGGAGAACGUUAAGGAUUUUGGAUCACCUGCGGAUGCUGGAAACGACUUGGAGGCUUCUAUUCAAAAAGCAAAAGAAAGGUUGGACGCAUGGAAGGCGAAGUUUUUAAAAGAGGAAGCCGAAAAUGUUUUGAGGGAUUCACAGGGAGUGUUGUCUACCCCAAUGACACCAACACCAUUCGAAAUCUUAUGUCGUCAAGGAGUGUUCGUGCCGUUUCAAAUGAUAAAGACAAAGCUCGUUCACGAUCUAUUUAAUUGUUCAUUUUUACUUGAAAAUUUCUUGGGGAUAAUUUCUCGUGAAGAUGACGAAACUCUGUUUCAAUCUUUGAAGGGAUACCUUAUUCGUACACAAGAAGUCGUGCGCCAUUUUGAAUGCUUUCUUUCAGAUCAGGAAGAGUGUAAUAUGGAAGUCGAAAUUAAGAUCGCCAAACUGCAGACUGUUUUGAACAAUCAACUAGAGCUGGUCAGUAAAAGUAUGACUGAUAUCGAAUUCGAUCAAUUCCUCUUAGACAAGGACGAAAGGCGUUUUAACGAUUCUAAACCCCAAUUAUGCCAUGCGCUUGGACUAUCGCUUAACUUCCUCGAUCGACUGGACUCGGUUUCAGAAACAUAUAGGGAUCAUCAGACACUUUCAGAAUGGACUUUGAUGUAUCUUAAGGACGAUUUGGAGGAAAUGAUGGUUGGUCGUGAUGUUCUUACUAAAGAGGAUUUAGUAAGGGUGGGUUUUCGCGAGAAUAGUCGCGCAGUCGAGACCAUCUUGCGGCGCGCGCAAACUUUACGUUAUCAUGUAGAUCCGGUCGAGCUUGUCCUACGUUAUGUCGAGGAUGAAUUCAAAUUCAACCCGAACCUUGUGUUUUUAGAGGAGCAGUUCCUUGGGCCAUUACCAAGAUUCCCAUUUCAUAACAUCCCAAACAGAUCAUUUUCCCUUGUGCAACAGAAGUUUAAUGUCCUCAACAUUCGAGUUAGUAAUGAGAUUGAAGGAGAGGAAUUUGUUAACCACACGUUAUCUGAAUUAGAAGACCCUUCUUGUGUUUUGCGCUUUCAUGGGACUGAUCACAGAAGCGCAGAUGACAUUAUAAAAUCAGGGAUAUACGUAGACUUUGGCCAUGCGAAGAGAGAUUUUAGUGAUGGUUCAGGGUUUUAUCUUUCAAAUGACUUUAAGCAAAGCGAAGCCUUUGCCAUGUAUCAGACGAGGAAGCCAGCAGUUUUGGUGUUUCGCGUUCCAAAAGAGUCGAUGGAGACAGCGCGCGUAUUAGAUCUUAAGAGCAACCGACAGUUAUGGGAGGAAAUCGUGUCUAGUUUCAGGCGCGGGCGAGCGGACGCAAAUCUUCGAAAACAGAUGCGACAGUACGAUGUUAUCGAAGGCCCCGUUGCAAAAGUGCGCAGUUCGACAAGCGAAGGUGAACUAAUAGUUGAGGAAGCCGAUGGCUCCUACCAAUGUUGCAUAAGGAGUGAUGAGUUCGCCGAGAAAAUACAAGAUGACCUGGUGUUGGCUAUUUUUUAUGAUCGGCCACUGCAAUCAAACUAAAAAACUCACUACUAACACUUAGCGCACUUAGGGGCUAGCUUUGAUCAGGUUCCUUAGACUUGGACUUGUGGAAGGGCCCUUGUGGAAAUAUCGAUAGUAUAGUGAUCACAGUGCGACGUUAAAAUAUAUUACCGAAAUAUCAUCAAAUUUAAUUCGCUCAUGCGCCGUUAAAUGUUGUCCAGAAGAGAAAUCGAGAAUACGCCUUACCAAUACAUUUUUGGUGGAUGUACUAGAGUGAAGAAUUAUUUCAGAAUAAGUCAGAAAUCUUUAUCUUUUUUUUGUACAUUGCUAAGUUUGAGGUUUUAGUAAAUAUAAUUAUUUUAGAAGUUGGCAUUUCUAAUGCCCUAUCAUAGCGGGUAUAAGCUGAGAGUCCGUCUUGGCGUGUCACUCGUACUGGCUAUCCACUUUUUAGCUCAUAGUUAUUAGUUGUAAUUUGCGCAGAUCAAGCAAGUGUGCUCUUGUUGUUUAAAUCAAGGCGAAGCAACUGUAGAAAAUUUUUAUAGGAAUAUGUAUGUAUAAUGCCAGAGAUAAAUCUGUCUAAGUCCUUUCCCUGCUGUUACAUGACGCUAGAAAUAUUGACGAAUAAAAGUUUUGAUUUUGG